AUGUCACUAAAGUCGUCGUAUGUAAAAUUUGGACAGUUUUUACAUUUACUACGUGUGGUUUUCUUUGUUCUCCUCAUUAGUCCGCCCAUUGUAAGUGAAGAUUUGAGCUACACGGUUCAAGAAGAAAUGAAACAGCGGUAUGUGAUUGGAAACGUUGCAAAGGAUCUCGGACUCGAUGUUUUAAAACUUACAGGCCGAAAGGCUCGGAUAGAUGACAGCAGCAAGGGGUUUGUGGAUGUACAUUUCAAUACUGGGGAUUUGAUUAUUGCAGAGAUAAUAGACAGGGAAAAACUGUGUGGCUCGAGGCAAAACUGCAUCCUGAAUUAUGAGCUCGUGUUAGAAAAUCCACUCGAGUUGCAUCGCAUUUCUCUACAAAUUGACGAUAUUAAUGAUAAUGCUCCAACAUUUCUUAACAAGCGUAUUGCAUUUGAGAUCCAAGAAUCUGCAAUAAAAGGACAGCAUUUCGUUUUGGACGAAGCUCAUGAUUCUGAUGUCGGAGUAAACGGUGUUAUAGGCUAUUCACUCCAGAUUAACAAUCAUUUUUCUUUGUCUGUACACGACAAUAAAAACGGGCGGAAAUAUGCUGAGUUGGUGCUUGAGAGAGAGCUGGAUCGUGAACAACAAAAGGACAUUGACUUGAUUCUUACUGCAUUUGACGGCGGAAUUCCUCAGAGAUCGGGGACUGCUGUCAUUCACAUAUCUGUGCUUGAUGCUAACGAUAAUGUUCCAGUGUUUGGUCAGCCAGUAUAUAGAGUCGUUUUGGUUGAAAAUGCACCUUUAGGUACAGAAGUCGUUACUGUGAACGCGUACGAUGCUGAUGAAGGAGCGAAUGGAGCUGUUACAUAUGAAUUUAGCCACAUUUCUCAUAGUGCAGCGUUAUUAUUUACAAUUGAGAAGCUUACUGGGCAAAUUAGUGUAAAUGGAGAUAUUGAUUAUGAGGAUGAAAAAUAUUAUGAAAUUGGUAUUCGGGCCAAAGAUGGAUCUGGUUUAGCAUCAACUGCAACUAUUAUUAUAAAUGUCAGUGAUGUAAAUGACAAUGCACCUAAUAUUAACAUUAAGGCUUUAAACAACCCGUUACCUGAGAAUGUUAUUGCUGGCACCGAAGUAGCCAUUAUUAAUGUUCAGGAUAAAGACUCUGGGGAUAAUCGCCAGGUUCAAUGCUCUAUUCAAGAAAAUGUCCCCUUUAAAUUAAAUAAAUCGAUAAAGAAUUAUUUUACCCUGCUAACCACGGGCAUCCUUGACAGAGAGAAAGAGACAAAUUAUAACAUAACGAUCGUUGCUACUGAUAGAGGCACUCCACCACUGUCCUCAUUCAUGACAAUUAAUUUAACUGUGUCAGACGUGAACGACAACUCACCCAGUUUUGUUCAGCAGUUCUUUACCGCAUAUGUAACAGAAAACAACAAACCAGGUAGCUUAAUUGGUUCGGUUACUGCAACAGACCCAGACUGGAGGCAGAACGGAACAGUAAUGUAUUCUCUGGUACCCAGUGAGGUCAACAGUAUACCAGUAGCCUCAUUUGUAUCAGUUAAUGCAGAUACCGGGGUAAUCCAUGCUGUGAGAUCAUUUGAUUAUGAGAAGAUCCGAAACUUCAAAUUCCAGGUGUUAGCCAGAGACAAUGGUUCUCCUCCACUUAGCAGUAAUACUACUGUAAGUGUUUUUAUAACAGACGAAAAUGAUAACUCUCCUCAAAUAUUAUACCCAGCUCCGGAGGAAAAGUCUUUAAUGACUGAGAUGGUUCCUAAAGCUGCGCUUUCGAGCUCUUUGGUCUCAAAAGUGAUUGCUGUAGAUGCAGACUCUGGACAGAAUGCGUGGCUCUCUUAUCAGAUUGUUAAAUCUACCGAUCCGGGACUUUUCAGUAUUGGCCUUCACAGUGGAGAAAUCAGAGCACUACGGGACAUAAGUGAACCAGACAGCGUGAAACAAAACCUAGUUAUCUCAGUGAAAGAUAACGGACAGCCUCCUCUUUCUGCAACAUGUGCUGUAUAUUUGCUUAUUUCUGAUAACCUUGCUGAUGUUCCAGAACUUAAAGAUAUGACCUAUGAGGAAAGCAACUCCAAUCUGACAUUUUAUUUGAUCGUUGCGCUUGUUUCUGUGUCAACUUUUUUUCUGACUUUUAUUAUUCUCAUUGUGGCUGUGAGGUUUUGCCACGGGAGGAAACCAAGACUGUUGUUUGAUGGAGCGGUCGCCAUUCCCAGCGCGUAUCUUUCUCCUAACUAUGCAGAGGUGGAGGGAGCUGGAACUCUUCGAAGUUCUUACAAUUAUGAUGGAUAUCUAACAACAGGAUCACGUACCAGUGACUUUAAGUUCAUUACGUCUUACAAUGACAACACGCUUACUGCUUCUUUAAAGAAGAGUCCAGAUAAACCCCACAUGGUUAGUCUGUUAGAUUCGUUCAAUACCCUAGAGGUAAGAUGA